CAGGGAUGAAAAGGUAACCCAAGAUCUUUUUUUGUUGAAAAAGGUCCAGUAUAUGUUUAAAUAUAAAUAAAUAGGCGAUUUUUCAGAUUACUGCAAGGAAGACCGCUGGGCGCAGGUCGACUCACGAGACCGGAGGCUACAUUUCACAAUGCCUGAGUUCUGCGCCGCGUGCACCCUACAGGUGCGCCGAUGACUCCGCGCGUGCCAGAUUGAAACUAGCGCCAAGAGGAACAUCGACGAAUCAGGAGCGAGAAACUGAAGGUCUCGAGACAGCCGGUGCGAGCGUGAGUCCCCAUAUCCCGUGACUAUACAGCGAUGAGCAGCGACCGGCAGAGUUUGUUUGAUCCCGGAGAGCAUCAGCACUUGCGCUUCAACCCGCUGCGUGGGUCAUGGAUCUUGGUCUCCGCCCAUCGGAUGAAGCGGCCCUGGCAGGGGCAGAUUGAGAGACCUCCGGAGGAAAACAUCCCUCGACAUGAGCCCACCAAUCCGCUUUGCCCUGGCAGUCGGAGGGCCAAUGGAGAGGUGAACCCCAAGUAUGAAAGCACCUUUAUGUUUGACAAUGAUUUCCCUGCUCUCCAGCCAGAUGCACCUGAUCCUGGCCCCGGAGACCAUCCUCUCUUCCAGGCAAAAGCUGCCAAAGGGGUUUGCAAGGUGAUGUGCUUCCACCCCUGGUCUGACAUCACCCUCCCAUUGAUGCAGCUGAGUGAGAUCAAGACUGUGAUUGACAGAUGGGCAGAGCUGAUUGAGGAGCUGGGCCCCAAGUACCCAUGGGUGCAGAUAUUUGAAAAUAAAGGUGCUAUGAUGGGGUGCUCCAAUCCUCACCCUCAUUGUCAAGUGUGGGCCAGCAGCUUCCUGCCCAACGAGCCAGACCUUGCAGAUGACCACCAGAGGGCGCAUUGGAAAACCCAUGGGCAGGUCAUGCUGGUGGAGUAUGCAAGGCAGGAGGCUGUGAGAAAGGAACGAGUGGUGGUGGAAAAUGAGCACUGGCUGGUGGUGGUGCCUUACUGGGCUUCCUGGCCCUUCCAGACAAUGCUGCUGCCCCGUCGCCAUGUUCUACGCCUGCCGGACCUCACCUCCCAGGAGAGAGAGGCUUUGGCGUCCAUAAUGAAAAGACUGCUGACAAAAUAUGACAACCUGUUUGAGGUCUCCUUCCCCUACUCCAUGGGCUGGCAUGGUAAGGACACUAUGUGGAAAGGGGCCCCCACAGGGCCAUAUCUACAGGAGGACAUGAGUCACUGGCAACUGCAUGCCCACUAUUACCCACCCCUCCUUCGUUCUGCCUCCGUGCGCAAGUUCAUGGUAGGCUAUGAGAUGUUGGCAUUGGAGCAACGGGACCUUACCCCUGAGCAGGCAGCAGAACGACUGAGGAACCUACCUGAGGUGCAUUACAAGGACAAAGUCAAGGGAAGGACUGUAGAAGGACAGGGCGAGUGACCCUGAUGUGACAACACCUGUCCACUGGGUGGCACUCCUUUGGGCUUACUUCACACGCAAUUUCAUUGCUCAGGGGGAAAAAAAAACAUAUGCACACAACAUGUAAUGAUUCUUUGAUUGAUUUGGCAGGUAGUUGUGAUGUUGACAUGUAUCUCUAUACUUUUGGUUGUGAAGAGUUGAUGUUGGUACAGUAGAUUAAGCCUUUUUGGAUCGUGUGGAGGCCUGAUGAAGGAGCAGGUAUCCAACCGCAGGCAACAAGGCCAUUCAGUGACGAGCUCUAGAAAGAAUGGAGCAGUAAUAGUUGGUGGCUGCCUUUUAUUCCCGAAACAUCCUCAAAUAGCACCCCAUAGGUGAUCAGCUAAACUUAACUUGAAUCUCAUAACAGCGGGAUAUAUUUUUUUUCCAUACGGAAACUUGAAGCCAGCAGUCAGUGUCUUUAAGAUGUUUUCUCACCUAUAAUUAGCUUUGUUUAAUGUUCUUUAUGACUGUUGGAUUGGGAAACUGGCAUAUUCAAGCUGCAAGAACUCUUGUAAGAAAAUCCAACACCAUUUACUUUCAGCCACUUCUAAACCACAUGUGCAGUGUACCUGUGAUAAAUAAACAACGGUGCAAUCGGUAAUGGGCUUAGAACUGCGGGUUCUGAGAUGGCUAAUUCAAACAGCUUUUAAAUUGUUGUUCACUUUGUGGUCUUCCUUUGUAUGAUUGUCACAUUGUCUUCAAAGAAAUAUAUGAACGAAUAUGUUGGAUAUUACUUUAAAUAUUUGUCAUGUUUCAUUUAAUUUAACAUUUUUCAUGUUUUUAUUUGGAAAAUUGCAUUAUUACAAAAUUAUUUUCUAAAUCUGCUAACAUUUACUUUGCAUUUUUAAUCCUAGUGUCUUCACCUUUGUCAUUAUAGCGUUUGUAAACACUGCUGCAGGUUUUUUGAGCUUAAUUGAAAUAGAUUUAAUUGACUGCUUUGAUGAGGGGUUUAUACAGCAUUGGAUCUUUGUCAUUGCCAGUUAAUAAGCAAUUACUGAUCUCUUUCUUGUUUGAAGUAAACAUGCAGAUGUUUCUGCCACGUUAGGUUUCAGAUUAAUGUAUUAAAACACCUUUUGAGGGGCCUUGGGAUGAACCUAUCCUGCUGUUCAGUUGCAUUGCUGAGUGUAGCAGCCAUGGCUUUUCAUUAGAACUGAUCCAACAUUGUUGACCAUAAGCACUUAACUAUGUGUUGUUGCAAGUCUGACAAAUGUGGCUAGUGUUGCCCAAUCUAGUCUCACCUAUUUGGGCGUGCAGUGCAGUUUGAGAGGCCAGCAUUGGCUUUGCAUUUCAAAUCAAAUGGGAAUUCUGACCAACAGCCGUUCCUUUGCUGUGAAGGCAAACACGGAAGGCAGAUCCGAAGCUCUCUAAUGCAGAAACAGUUUAUGACGUAUAAAUGGUUCUUUUGAUGAUAAAUUGCAUGUUGAUAAGAAGCUUUAACACCAAUCUUAGUGAGCUUCCUUAGGUAAUUCAUCGAAAGUGACUUCCUGUUUGCUUUUUGUAAUUAAUCAACAACUGUUUCUCAGAACAGCGCCUGACCUUUAACCUCAAGUCUUGCAUCAUGUAUCAUUGUUAAACGUGUACAACCUUAAUUAACCUGUUGUUUUUCUGUGGAUUUUCGAAAUGUUAACUUCAAGCUGUGCCAGAACUGGGAUUGAUCCCAGUUUAGCAUCGCUCAUCUCCCCCACAUCCACAUGUAGAACACUUGCUAACUAAAUUAGUUUUGUCAUUCAUAUUGUCAUUUUAGGGCAUUAAUUUGUGCAGCUGGAUUAUUUUGAUAUAUUGCAGGCUCUCUGUUGCAUCUGAAUUGUUGCCUGAGUUAUCGAGGAAACUUCUUAUUCUCUCAUCUGAAGUGCAUAGGAUCAAGAAAGAUGUGGGACAUUGUGUGUGUGGGGAGUGUUUGGCUUUGUGACUGUGUGGUUAGAGGUUGCCAUUGAAAUGAAUCUAUAGGGGGUGCCACUGUUAGGUUGCGAGAAUGUGGGAGCAUUUCUCUGGCUUGGGUCCAGUCCCAGGCCUCCAGACCCCUGGAUCUUCUCCAGAUGUAUUCGCUGCUCUCUGCUCUUUUGCUAGCCUGUGAAUUUAAGAAAUGCUGGCAUGAGUCUGGUACAUUAGGCAUUGGUCCUUGUACACGAUAUCACUGACAAAUGUCAGGAAAACACAGUAACUUUUGGAGCCUGCAGGAGCUGCAUGCUGUCCGGAUGCAGGAAUGUGUGGAAUGCGUGGAAGAGCAUAUCUCCCAGCUCACACAGGGAUUGAUUCCUCCUAAUAGGAACAUAUGGAUAAAUGCAUAAAUAACACCUCACUUUACUGUUACGUCAGUUGGUUUCCUGCACUUAACGUUCAUGGUAAUUGAUUACAAAAGAUAGUGCUCUUACCAUAAUCUGCUCUUGCCAUAAUCUGAUAUGGCUUCUUUUGAAAUUGUCAAAAGAUAACACUGUCUUAUGAGUGACGUGUUUGGCAUUCUACUGACAUUCUUUAAAAUAUAAAUGUGAAACCUGGGGUGAAAUUUUCAAACCAAACAAAGCUGAGCACGUGAGGGGUCUAAAGUGUUUUUUAAAGAUACAAAGGCUUAGACCAGAGGGCUGACCGGGUGCAUUGCAUCUUUGUCCAUUUUCCAUUUUCUCACGCAGACCAUGCCCCUGUGUUUUGACCGGACCUGUGGUGGAGGCUGACAGAUUUAAAAACGCGUUCACAUGUUACAGAUGCAUCUGUCGGGCCAUUGGUGGAAUGUUGGCCGUGGAUCCAGAUACGCAUUCCAAGAGGAUUCCAGAGAACCAGGAGAGGGAAGCAGAAUGAGCGAUGCGUUCGAUCUGGAGGACCCCGGGUCACAUCCUUGGGGGGAGCUGGGAGCCAAGCGAACAUGUUCUAUGCCAGACUGAAAUCCUCGAAACACCAAUCAUCGUGAUAGAAAAUGAUGGAUGUGGGGUGGGGCUUGAGGGUUUGAGAAGCUACAAGUUGUUUUGAUUUCAUAUGAUCGUAUUUGUCAGUAAAUACCUUAACAUUUUCACGGUAUGAUUAACAUGAUAUAUAUCAGAAAAUCCUGGACAGAAGUGUUGCACGAUUUGGUCUCUGAAAACUUUCAAUUUAUCAAUUUUAUCUGCAGUGACAAACUUCCCGGCCUCACCUCCACCAGCUCCAACAGCCUACAAACUCUAAGGUAACUUAUGGAGCCUGUGCUUGCCAAGAUGUGGUCCUGCAUAUGAUUACUGUGCUGAAGUGCAGAUCAUUCGGGGGGGGGAGGGAGCAGUGUGGUGUGGACCCUCAUGGACUGAGCAUGCCCUGGUGACAGGGCGAUCAGCACUGAGAAAUGCUGGCCUACAUAUGUAUGCAUCUGUGAGUGACAUUAAGGAGAAUACUGACGUGCUGUGAUGGACAGCAGUUGACAGUGACCUGUGAGCAUUUCCUGUUUCAGGGUCCCCUUUCUCUUAGGGAGUCACUGGGGUCAGAGUGCUGGUCAGUUUUUAGUUCUAAAACACAUUCUUACACAGUCUUACACAUUUCUGUAUUGACUUUGUGUUACAGUACAAUAGUAAAAUGAUGAGGGUCUUUGUUUAUCAUCAUGGGUCUUAAUUUAGUGAUAGAUCUGUUAAAAUCAAUAGCUUCACAAUGAUCAUUUCUCUAAUUAAACUCAAUAGCUUAAGCAAUGAUCAUCUUUUUAAUUUGUGCUUAAUAUCACAAACAGUUUAGCAUAUUGAAUAUUGUACUCUGUAGGCUGUGAUUUAUGACAAUGUGAAAUCCAAACUAGCUUUUCUGUGAAGAAUGUGUGUGAUGGUAAUUGCUCAUGCAGAAUUCCUGCAUCAUUAUUUUCUGUUCCUGAUACCAUCUGUUUAUGGUGCCUCUGUACCUUACUUCUUAUUCAGAUCAGUUCAGUUUAAUUAACAUUUUUACGAAGUACCGAGUUUACGGGAGGCUGAGUAGCUGUUUCCAUUUUUAUUUAUUGGAAACUCCCUCUGUCAGGUGCCAGGAGAAAAUCUGAAAAUUAUGUACAAAAAAAUUCUUGUGGACUUACUGUGCUCACGGCAAUAAACAGUGAGUAUGGCAAUGAAA